ACAAUGAUACAGAUACUAGCACUUUUCCGUUUGGAUGUUUUCUGUUUUCAGCGCAUUUUUAAUUUCUGUAUUAGUUUCUCAGGGAUUUUGGGUCUGGUUUAUGUAUCUGGGUAUUCGCGUUAUGCAUCAUAGUUCAUUGUGUAGGUUGUGAAAGGAUGACGGAAAGCGUUCCACCUUUGAAGAAACCUUUCACAGACUUCGUGCUAUCUGUCGUCGAUCCCACAGGCACCACCAUCGUGCAGAUUCUGCCGCUGGAAAGUUACACAUCUCUGUCUGUGCAGUGUUUCUCCGUUUUGGAUAUUGUGCAUCUUCUGGAGCAAACCAGAUGGGAUCUGGAUUGCAAAUGGCAAUCUGCCGGGUAUAUUCACCGCGUAAUCAGCGAUCUUCAUCAUCGGCAGCUCUUUACGUUUUUGCAUCUGGUAUAUCUCGCCAAGCUGCGAUUACUGGUAAUCCUCGGAAAAGAACCACCACUGUGGAGUUCUCCGUCCAAGCGACACCUGUCUCACUAUGAAAUGCCCGAGGAAAAGCGUGCUAAGCAUGAAGCAGAGCCGGCGACAGAAACGCAAUCUAGGGAUGCAACAAAAGAACUUUUGAACAACACUCUGCGCUCAAGGAAAUCUGUUUAUGGUACACCUGUUGAGUCAUCAUCUCAGCACGCAGUACAAGAGAAUUCUGUAGACGAAAGUAUAUCGGAGCGUGAAAAAACCACCAUCGUCGCGGUCAUUCCGGGAAAUUCUCGGACGGCAGGAGUUAGCGGUUCCUUUCGUAAAUCAGUGCGAGAAGAGUUAACCACGGUUAAAAACAGAAUGGAAGCCAUGGGUUUUCUUGUGGAAGACGGCUGGCUGCUGGCGAUUACGGACGCGGAAGACGUGGCGUAUUAUGUCGAGAAAUCCAUCACGCUGAGCAAUCUCAUGGAAGCCACGCAGAUAGACGGGACGCGGGAUACGACAUUUAGUGCGAUUUUCGGGACACAGCGCGGCGUCAACGUGCGCACUGUUGCUCGGAAAGAUGAACGAAAAACUAUGAAGAAACAGUAUUCGGAAAGGAAGCUAUCGUCCGAAAGAACUGGAUUGCAAGAAGCUGGAUUUGAUCCUUCGGUUCCAGAGAGGGCUACCGUUCAUAAAGGAGAAUCUGAGAUGGAUGUUGAUGGCAAAUACUGUGAUAUGCUGGACAUGAUAGAAUAAACUGCAUUGGUGAACUUGAGUCGCGCUUUGUCAGCCAUGUAAGCGUUAAUCUACCAGGGUCUUCCUGUCAGAAAUUGUGAUUAAGCUGAAAACGUGGGUUUGUUGCAUUCAGUAAUGUCACUAAUGACCGUUAUUAGUACAUUCCCUCUUUAAUAAUUGCUAAUUGUAUUGCGGCACGAUAUUGGUGAUGAACUUCGUGAGCUGCUCAUCGGGGCUUGAGAUUAUUGGCCACAAUACCUUUAUAUACUACUUGUAUGAAAAUCCGCUCGGUAUGAAGAUGUUGGGAAAUUAAUCUAUUGUCUGGGAUCUGUUUAUUUUUCAAAGAGAUUACAGAUGUUGGUGCGGCAGGUGAUUGCUGCGCAUCACUGGGCAUUAUAUACUCGCUAUAGGCCUGAAUUACCUUUAACUGGCCCAAGUGAAACCUCCCACCCAGCUUUUAGUAAGCUCUAGUAAUUGCUCCGUUUUUAUUUUGUGCGUUUUUGGCAUUCAUAACAUCUGUAAUUUGUUGUUGUUGUUUCGCGGCUUGAAGUAGUAAUUUGCAUUUAAUUUAUUUUUAGCAAAGUUACAUUAUGAAAAGUGUACAUCGUCGCUUUGUAACAAUAAUACUCACCACCUGGUCAAAGGUGAUAUGCGUAAAGUUUAACUUCCGGUAACGUUUCUGUUUA